UUUUAUUCUUGUUAUUUUUUUACUGAAGUGUUCUGUAUUUUCUUUCAACAUCCACAUAAAAGCAGGGGAACAUAAUUAAGUAUAAAUUGAUCUACAAAUAUGGUGGACUUUGUAGAAGUUUUAAUAGGGUAGAUUCAUUCUGGUAUGAGCAAAGGAAAAAAAAACACCUGAGAGUAACUACUUGAAUUUAUAACCUGUCAUGUGAGUCAUAGAUAAUUUUAGAUAAGCUGGCCUUGGCUACUUCGUUACUAUAGACCGCGGACACCGUUGGAAGGUUCUGGCUUCUUAUGAGAAUGUUCUGGCUGUGUGGGGGAAUUGCUUUUCUUUUUUUAUGUCAUGGAGCUGCUCUUGUUCCACCUUGUGACAGUGAGAUCUAUUGCACAGGAGAACUGUUAAGACAGGUACAGUUGGCCAAACUUUUUGAUGACAACAAGGCCUUUGUGGAUAUGAAAUUGAUUGCAACACCCGAUAUUGUUUUAGAUGCCUUCUCCUCCCUAAAACAAAAGUUUCCAAAUGGUACUGUUCCACCUUCAGAUCUACAAGUGUUUGUUAAUACACACUUUGAAAACAGUGGUAAAGAGUUUGAGACAUGGAGUCCUCCAGACUGGCAUGACAAGCCAAAAUUGCUGUCCAAGAUCUCUGACCCAAAACUUCGCAACUGGGCUGAGCAGUUGCACGGUUUGUGGAAAUCGCUUGGUAGAAAGGUCAGUAAUGAUGUGAGAGACAAUCCUCAAAUGUAUUCUUUGAUAUACUGCCCAAAUCCGGGCAUUGUACCAGGUGGACGUUUCACUGAGUUUUACUACUGGGAUUCAUAUUGGGUAAUAAAUGGUCUCAUAUUAUCUGAAAUGAUGGAAACAGCCGGGGGAAUGAUUAAAAACUUCCUACACAUGGUGGAGAGGUAUGGUUUUGUACCAAAUGGUGGGAGAAUCUACUAUGAGCGGCGUAGCCAGCCACCCUUCCUACCUCUAAUGGUGGAGAGUUACUAUGAGGCCACUAAAGACAAAGAGUUUCUCAGGAAGGCUUUACCACUGUUGGAAACUGAGUACAGUUUUUGGAUGCAAAACCGCUCUGUAGUUGUGGAAGUGAAUGCUGUCAAGCAUGUCAUGAAUCGUUAUUAUGUACAAGUUGGCCAGCCCAGGCCAGAAUCGUAUGCACAAGAUGCAGAGCUGGCAGAGGGAUUACCUGCAGAGGCUCAGGAGAUGCUAUGGGCCGAACUUAAAGCAGCAGCUGAGUCUGGUUGGGAUUUUUCCUCACGCUGGUACAUUAACAAUUUUGGCCAAAAGAGUGGCUCAUUUAGGGACACUAGGACUAACUCCAUCGUGCCUGUCGAACUCAAUGCUCUCAUUUGUCGCAAUGAGCGUGUAUUGGCCACCUUCCAUAGAAUUCUGGGUGAUGAGGAAAAAGCACUUGUAUAUGACAGUGCAGUCUCUUCCAGGAUGAAGGCUAUAGAGAGUGUUUUAUGGGAUGCAAAUCAGGGAGCAUGGUUUGAUUAUAAUUUGUUGAGCAGCACCAGGAAUCCAGCCUUCUAUCCAACUAACCUAAGUCCUCUCUGGGCACAGUGUUAUUCUCAGCUAGAGAUGGGACAACAGGCACUACAGUAUUUGAGAGGAAGUGGUGGUCUGGACUACCCCAAUGGUGUUCCCACCUCUCUGAGUCAGAGUGGGCAGCAAUGGGAUAUGCCUAACGCCUGGCCUCCACUCCAGCACAUGCUCAUAGAAGGUCUGUCGCAGCUUGACUUGAUAGAAGCCAAAGAUCUUGCCUCUGAUUUGGCUCAACGGUGGAUUCAAACAAAUUGGCUGGCUUAUGUUAAAUAUGAUGCUAUGUUUGAAAAGUAUGAUGUCAAUGGAGACGGCAAACCUGGAGGAGGUGGUGAAUAUGAAGUUCAGCUGGGGUUUGGAUGGACCAAUGGUGUUGCACUACAGCUGCUGGACAAAUAUGGGAAUAGGCUGAGCUCUGGUGGAAGUGUACUAGGUUAUGGCCUUUUGAUUGGACUAAUUUACCCACUUGUAAAUACCAUAUUUUGCUAUGCAUGAUUCUAAGCAUUAUAUUUGGAAAAAAGGGCAUCUUGAAUAUUACAAAUUUAGAAUUCCAUUUAAGUCAGUAUGCUUGCUUGUUCAGGUUGUCUGGAAAAAACAAUAUAUAUUACAGAAUACAUUAUAUUACAGAACAUGAUUGUGUAUGUAUGCGUGUGUGUGUAUAUUGUGUGUGUAUAUAUCUUAGCUUUGUUUCCUAUCCAAACAAUGACACCUGCAACAGUUGAUUACAAACCUGAGUUUACCUACUCUUAGGGGGGAAAAGAAAGACUGUAUAUGUUAACGAACAAGUUGUUUUCACAGAUUAUAUUUCAUUAUAAUAAGUAGAGAAAUGGCAAUAGCAUUUGUGAUAGAUGUUGUGGAUAAAUUGAAAAAAAAUAUUUUUGUUUAACCCAAAAAUUAUUUACACACUAUGCAUAAUAUUGAUAAUUUUGGUUCCUUUAGUUAUUCAACUUUGGCUUCUUUGCCUUUGCAUGUGUAAUGACCUUAUUGGGCUGAUUGUCAAUUGCAUGAUAAGAUAAGUUUAAUUAGUUUAUUAGGAGUAAGGGUUUAUUAAUAUACCACUGUGGCAGUACCUUUGGUAGGAAUGGUGCUUUAUGUGUAAGCUUGAGAUGUCACAGUUUUGACUAGCUUAUGUCCCCACAAUGGCAAACUAACUUUUUCAUGCACAGUGCUCCCUCAUGAACAUUUAUGGUAGGUGAAGACUGGGUUAUAGCUUAGUCUAUUUAAAUCUCUAGAUGUUGUUUAUAGUGCCAGGGGCUUAUGCCUAGUGAUUCACAUGAUAUUGAUAAAACUUUUCACAUGCCUGAAUGCAACACCAUAGUAGAGCACAUGCACUUACAAGAUUGUACACUUAACUGCAUGAAACUGCAGGUAUUCUGGAUAAAUUAUCAUCCAAUCAUGCAGCAGAUUUAAAACAAAAUAUAUGCAGAUACACGUCAACAUAUUUCAUUUUCACAACUGAAUAAAAAAAGUGUGAUCUCUGACUUUGAUUGUGGCAUAUUUGUUAUUUGAUCUAAGUCUAAGUCAAGUUAUGGUAAAUCUGUGCCAUGAUGGCCUCCAAUUUUUUGACCUGAUGUUGUCUUCUGUAGUUAUAGCUGUUCCAUUUCAAUGUUUAUGUGUUCUGAGAUGCUUUUUUGCUCAAUACAGUUGUAAAGAUUAUGUGAUUAUGAGUUAUAAUAAACUGCUGAGUCUAGUCAUA